AUGAAGAUCGUUUUGAUGUGUUUGGCUGCCGUAGUGGCUCUGGGUGCCAUUACCACCGUGAGUGUUUUUAUUUCAGCUAAACAAGGCUAUGGUCCCGGUGAACAGGAUUGGGGCUUCGUAGAUGUCCGCAAGAAUGCCCAUAUGUUCUACUGGCUGUACUACACCACCGCCAAUGUCACCCAGUACACCCAACGUCCCUUGGCCAUUUGGUUGCAAGGUGGCCCUGGUGCUUCCUCCACCGGUUAUGGUAAUUUUGAAGAAUUGGGCCCAUUGGAUUUGUAUGGCGAAUAUCGUAACUGGACCUGGGUUAAGGAUAUGAAUGUUUUGUUCAUUGAUAAUCCUGUCGGUUCGGGUUUCUCUUAUGCCGAUAACAUUUUGGCCUUGACUUCAACCAAUAAUGAAAUUGCCAAGGAUUUGGUCUCGUUCAUGAAGGGUUUCUAUCAAUUGCAUCCCGAAUUCGAAGAUGUUCCCCUGCAUAUUUUCUGUGAAAGUUAUGGUGGUAAGAUGGCUCCUGAAUUCGCCUUGGAAUUGUACUAUGCCAUCCAGAGGGGAGAAUUGAAGAGUAACUUGCAAUCGGUUAAUUUGGGUGAUCCAUGGACCUCGCCAAUUGAUUCCGUGUUGGCCUGGGCUCCACUACUGUUGAAUAUGGGUAUUGUCGAUCAAGAUGGCUAUGAGAACAUCAUGGUGGCUGCCAACAAGACAUUGGAUCUUGUGGAAAGGGAGAAAUGGACCCAAGCCACCAUGCAAUGGAGUAAUACCCAAGGUGUUCUCUUGAGAGAAUCCAAGGGUGUUGAUUUCUAUAAUAUUGAGAAGCCAACCCGUGGUGAUGCCUACACACGUAUGCUGCUGAAGACCAAUAACUACAAAGAACAAAUGUACCGCACUUUGGUCAAAUUCGACAUUGAUGAAAAUCGUGACAAAAUGUUGGAAGAUUUGAUGCGUGGUCCAGUCAGCGAAGCUUUGGGCAUCCCCUCAAAUGUCAAAUGGGGCUCUCAGAGUGGCAGCACUUUCACCCGUCAAAUGGGCGAUUUCAUGAAACCAGUUAUUCAUAUUGUCAACGAACUCUUAGACCACACCCCCUUGCGUGUCUCUGUGUUCUCCGGUCAAUUGGAUUUGAUUUGCGCCACACCCGGUACCGUCAAUUGGAUUGAGAAGUUGCGCUGGAGCUAUCGUGAUCAGUAUUUGAAGACACCCCGUAUUGGCAUCAGUGUUGAUCGCAUUUUGGAAGGUUAUGAAAAGACCACCGGCAAUUUCAGUAUGUUCUGGAUCAAUCGUGCCGGUCACAUGGUACCAGCCGACAAUCCAGCUGGCAUGAGCUAUAUUUUGAAGAAGAUUACCAAAUACGAUCAAAAUUAAAUU